AUAUGAUAUGCGAAUUGACGGUGAAACAGACCGUGGACCAACAGUGCAAUCAUCACUCUACCAUCACCACCCAGCACUCCCAAUUCCGUUACGCAACGUCCACCAGAUAGAUCAUGCCACAUCCGGGUGUUACUGUCUUGCAUUGACUUCGUCGUCAGCAAGUUUAGCUUGUGUUGCAUUUAUGGAACAACGUGUGCGAAAAACGUAUUUAGCUAUGGUUAGAGGUUGGAUGGAAGAGGUUAGGUAUGUAGUAGAGCAACCAAUAGCGCAGGUGAUUGGAAAUCGUUAUAGAAUGUGUCUUGGGAGUGUUGAUAAUCCGGGGAAGACUGCAAAAACAGAGGUAGAAGUUUAUCAACGCGGUUAUUUCAAUCUGGCAUCUUAUCCACCCAUAAAAUCAACGUCAUCCUCUACAGGAUCUUCGCUUACUCCUUCGUCUCAAUCACAAUCAAAGUCACUUUCUCCCACAUCAAUUCCCGUCUCGCUAGUUCGUCUAACCCCAACUACUGGAAGGCGUCAUCAACUCCGUCUUCAUUGUCAGUAUCUCGGACAUCCAAUUGUGGGCGACUGGCAUUACGAAAAAGAAAUUAUGAAUUACACGGAUACGUUUCGUAUGAUGUUACACGCGAAAAGAUUGGUAAUUCCACUUGAUGGCGGUCGUGGAAAGAAACAUAAAAGAAGUAAUAACAAACUGACGAGUGAAAGUUUGGAAAGGAAAGAGGGGGAUGUGUUGGACGUUGAGACUGAUGAUCCUUUUAUUGGGUUGGUGGAGUUUUCUGAGAACGGGGAACAAUAA